GAGGAAAAAUGAUGAACAUGAAUCCACUGUCCCAUCCCCCACUGCAGUCUCUGUCACAUCCACAUCUAAGCCAGCACCAGCAGCAGCACCAGCUUCAGGCCCAGCCACUGCAUCCCAGCCACCCGAACCAUUACGGCGAGUCCCAGUCCCGGGCAUUACCAGCAAUCAACGAGACAUUUCCGCAAUUUAGUCAACAUCGUCCGGCGAUUUCGUUGCUGUCCCCGCUGGAUCUGUCGCUGCGUGCAGCGGCCAGCAUUGUGCCAAUUACACCGCCAUCGACGCCCUCGCCGCCCCGCAAGCGCCAGAGAUUAAUGUCCGAGGAGAAUUACCUGUGGCGGCCGCACAUGGUGAACACACCAGCCCCAGCACCAGCUCCGGCCCCAGCUACGGCCCCAACUCCGGCUCUGCCUGCAACAGCAACAGCCUCUCAUGCUAUACUCGGGAUGCAGCCAGCCACCAGCUACUUUCAUCAUCUCCACCAUCACCAUCAUCAUCAGCAGCAGCAGCAGCAGCCGCCUCAUCAGGGGGGCAACUGCUAUGGCAUGCGCGGCUUUGAGGGGGCGUCGUUGUCCUUUAAUAAAAGUAAUUUUCACGAGACAAAAAAUAACUUUGAGCAAAUUCCGGCAAGUCAAUCGAGCGUGUCUCGCCCCUUUCCCGUUCCCGUUGCCAGCUCGCCCAUCUAUGUGGAUGAUGAGACCAUCGUGUUGACCGAGGACGAGGAUGAAACAGUUGUCAGUUCCCAUGACUACAAUGAGGAUGCCACGGACACGGAGGAAGUCAACGACGGUGAUGAUGAGACGGUCCAGGUUCAAGUCACUGACGAUGACGACGAUGAUGAGGAGGAGGUCUUUGUCGAUGUCCUGGGCAGUGACGAUGAUGAGACUGUGGACCUGCAGAGCCCCGCCUUGAGACUGCAGGACGAACUUCUCGACCCCAAGGCCCUGAAACGUAAUGAAGUCCUGUACGAGGACGAGGAGCUGCACAAUCAAGCCGUGGAUGGCUUGGCCCGAUUGUUUGAAAGGGACUUUCAACAGCCAGAGAUGGAGGCAGCCAAGGAGGAGCUAGCCGCAGCCCGAGAAGAGCUGCUCAUCGAGAAAACCUACACGGAUCUGAGUUGCGUUGGAGCUGGGGCCGAGCACCAGCCAUCGCCACUGAUGGCAUCCCUUCCCCCGGCAGCACCAGCUCCCCCCAUGCGGACACACAAGACCGAACGGAAGCGGGCCAAGCUACGCAAGCACACGGCCAUUGAUGAGGAGACCAUAAGUCCCGUGUCCGGCACCAUCAUACGCAAGCUGCGCGACGAUGAAGAGCUGGUCGUGCGCAAAGGUGACAUUGAUCCGGCUUUCAAUGUGGUGGAAAUCACCGAGGAGGCCAAGGCCAUCCUCGCCAGCAUCGAUAAUAAGAUUGGCGACUACUUGUGCCAGCUUUGUCGCACCAUCUACGACGAUGCCUUCAUGCUGGCCCAGCACCGCUGUCCCCGCAUCGUCCACAUCGAGUACAAGUGCUCCGAGUGCGAGAAGGUCUUUAAUUGCCCAGCCAAUCUAGCAUCCCACAGACGCUGGCAUAAGCCCAAAGCGGACGCGGCUGCGGCUGCGGCUACGGCUGGCAAGAAGCGACAGGGCACCCUGAGCGAAUCGACCGACCCCAACCAGGAGGCAGACAGAGUCCACGAUGAAGCUAGUGAUGGCAUCUAUCCGUGUCAUCUGUGCGGCAAGACCUUCCGACGCCAUGCCUACCUUAAGAAACAUCAGGCUUCCCACCAGAUGCUGGAGAAUCUCAAGAACCUCGACUUCUUCAAGGCCCAACAGCAGCAGCAGCAGCAGCAUCAACAGCAUCCACACCCCCUACCGGAGCACCCACAAUUACAACAGUCGUCGGCGCACGGCCCAGCUACUGCCACAACGUAUGGUCCCUUGCCCCGCCCUCCUCAUGGAAUACCCAUUUAUCCCCCGGCCGCGUCAAAGAGUUAUGUGGGUGGACAGCGCUUUCCCGGCUUUCCCUUCCAGCCCUUCGAUCAACGGCGCUUCUACUCUCUGGGCGAGUUCUAUCUGUCGCAGCACUUGGAGCGCUCCUCGGCCUUUCAGUAUGUCCAGGCGAAUCAUCUGAGGCAGCUGUCGAAUGUGGCCCAAAAUCUGCUGCCCCCGAUGCCCGUCAAAUGACCCAACCACACCACGAACGUACUGCGGCCCGUGCCCCGUAUUGCGGCCACCAC